AUGAUCCUAGCUACACCUGUCUCAGUCGAUGAGUUUACUGCAGGCUUCGACAAUAACGCAAUUCUCGUCGUCACGAAGGUGAUGGAGUUGCUACUGGGAUCCCGGCAUCUCCGCCCAUGGUGCGACGUAACCGAAUGUACGAUGGGAGAUGCCGAAGAUGAAGACAUUGCAAACGAAGACUGUGUGUGGGCGCCGAGUUAUGUGAUCAAAUUCAAAAACCUCGUUGAGGAGUACGACACACGUUUGAUCGGACACGUCGAGUACCUCGCAGGGAAAUCUGAAGCUUUGUCUGAAGCGUACCGACUGCGACAGACCGCAAAAUGGGGCAGUCUCAGAUGCGUGCUUGGCGACUUAGUGCAGUGGAUGCUCAUGGCGAACCUUCGCUAUUCUUUCCUCGUUAGUAGUGACGAGAUUAUCUUUCUGCGAAUUGACAUCAAGGAAAAGAAAGUUGGAGGCAAGACUGUGUUAUUUGAGCCAUGGCUGAACUAUUCGGAGCCCAUGAGGAUCACAGACGCCUUCGAUGCAGGGAAUGGAACAAUCACAGUCCGUAUGGCGCUUCUGCACAUCCUCUGGCUGGUAGCACAGAAUGAAAGGGAGGAUUGGUCGACACCGGAUGAGACUGGUAAUUGUUUGAAUUAUGCAGUGUUCACCGAGGAAGGUGAAGACUGGGAGCUAAGGCGCCCGAAAAUACCGGAACCGUCAUUUUUUGAGGAGCGCCGAGUAGAGCUUUGA